GUCAUUUCAUCUGAUACUUCGGUGGUUUCGUGUUUAUUCGUGUGGUUAGGGCCGUUAAAAUAUAAUCAGCGGUCGCUCAUCUUUAAUCUAUUCUGUGCUUGUGGUAUAUUCAAUCUAAAAAUAACACGACGGGCUUCGACGAAUUUUGAUCCGGCGGCCGAUCCACAAGCCAGCGACGAGUAUCAUAUGGCCCUGCUCGGAGCACUUGCGGCCACCGGCAGUAGACGCCAGGGCUGUGUGCUGCGGGUGGCGGCCGACGCGAUAACGUUCUACUGCGGUGGUGACGUCGUAAGUGGCGGCGGUGACAGUGGCGGCAGUGGCGGCAGCAGUGGCGGCGACGGUGCCGCUGAAUAUUACCCGGCCACAGCGGCGUCCGGCCAGUUGUCUGCCACCGGCGACCGAUUUGGCGACUACUUCCGGCGUCCCGUCCGGUCGGUGGCCAUCGGUGACAGCGGUUCCGGCGCCGGCGGCUACUACUAUGGCACCGAGAACAGUUCGUCAGCGGCCGCCGUCCUGGCCAACGCGACGGCAGGCGUGGAACCGUUCCUGAACGGUUCGUACAAUCACACGCUUGGUGCCGAGGUAGAAGACCUCACCAACUACAUAUUCGUCAUCUCCAUCGGCAUAAUACUGGGUGCGAUGAUUCUGACGACCAUUUGUGGUAACGCGUUGGUGAUUGCAGCAAUUUUGUUGGAGAGGAAUUUACAAAACGUGGCCAACUAUCUCAUUGUUUCGUUAGCGGUCGCCGAUUUAAUGGUAGCAUGUUUAGUCAUGCCCUUAGGAGCUGUUUAUGAGGUAUGUGCUGCAUGAUUCACAAUUUCAAUUUAUUGUCUAUUUUAAUAAGUUUCAAAUUUGAGUAGAAUUUUGAACAUUUAUUUUACUAUUGAGUAGGACUUGUAGGAGUAAUUAAUUCCAAGUUGGACUUGAUCACGGUUCUUAAUACAGGAGUUUACGUUUACCGAUUGCGCUUAUAAUAUAAUGACCUUUUCAUAUAUGAGUACCAAUAUUCCACUCGGUUAUUUUCAGGAUAAUAGAACAGUGGCAUUCUGUUAUUUUUAGGAUUGAUAGACAAAUUAUUGCUCUUGGUUAUUUCAGGGUUGAUAGACCAAUUGCACUAGAUAAUAGACAUAAUUGGUCAUUUAAAUUAAAAAUAUAUGAAAAUAAUAUUUACUAUAUAAUUCAGUACUAACUUAGUUACUUU